GGGUGUUUCAAAUUUCACCCAGGCACGAAGAUCGUGUGUUUGCUGAAAUUGUUAAUAUUAAUCAUAGUCACAGCAGUUCGAGAAGAACUCUUCUGUGAAGUCAAAAAACCACCCUCUGGGGUCUUAACACUCGUGUGUUCGGUCAGUGACAGUCACAGAAUGGUUGAUCAAGCUAAGACUGCAGUUUUUGGGUUUCUCUUGGUCUGUCUAUGGGCUGGCACUACUGAAAGUUUAAGCAUCAAGCCAAGAAUCUGCCCCCCUGUCUGCAAAAUCUACUGUCCUUUUGGGAACGUACAGGAUAAGAAUGGAUGUCCGACGUGCAAAUGCAAACCUAGAAUCUGCCCUAUCGCCACCUGCUAUAUCGCGUGUCCAUUCGGAAGACAAAAAGGCAAAGACGGAUGUGAUCUGUGUGCUUGUAAGGGUCCCCCCAAUCCCAUAUGCCCCAUAGUGAGGUGUCCACUGGACUUUAGAUGCCCCUUCGGGUUUGCCAAAGACAGGGCAGGAUGCCCUACGUGUGACUGCCGCCGCAGUCCUAUCUGUCCCUCCAAGCUGUGCACGAAUGUAUGCCUCAGCGGUUACGAGAAGGACUCGAGAGGUUGUGAUACCUGCACAUGUAAACGCCCAGUACAAUGUCCAGAUAUCCUCUGUCCAUUCCGGGAAUGUCUGAACGGGGUUGUCACCGACUCCCGGGGCUGCAACACGUGCACCUGUAAGCCUCCUGUGUGUCCAAGUGUCCAGUGUGACUUUUGUCCUUUUGGCUACGUCAAAGACAGCAGAGGAUGCCAGACCUGUCGGUGCAAGCCUCGGAGGUGUCCAGGUUUCCACUGUCGCUUCUACUGCGCCAUGACUCCACGCUACACCUCGAGAAUCGACAAGUGCGGCUGUAACUGUGGCAGAGAGCGGUUGUUUUAAUUUACGGGACCGCUCUUUAGACCCCUUUGUUGUACUGUGACGUUCUGUACUCCAUAUUUGAAAAGCAUUACUGUAAUAUUAUUUCAAUAUAUAGGUAUAACUUUUUGAGUCUGCUAUUGAUUGCUUGUUUACUUCUUACUAUAU